GGGGUAACGGUUACUACCAAAUGUGAUUCAUUGCAUGCUGAAGUAGAAUUUUCUUCAUUACAAAUUCUGAAGAGGCAACACACCUUUUUUUUUUUUUAACUCUGCUUUUCCUUCCUUACUUACCAGAGAAAAUAUGUGCGAAACAAAUGGUUCUGCGGCCAGCAAUGGCACCAACGGCACUAAUGGUACCAAUGGCACAACACCUGUACGCAGGUCGAAUCCCUACCAAUCCAACCCGGGCGAGUUUCUGUCCAAUGUAGCCAAUUUCAAGAUCAUUGAGUCAACUCUUCGAGAGGGAGAACAAUUCGCCAAUGCCUACUUCGACACGCAAACUAAGAUCAACAUUGCUAAGGCUCUCGAUGCCUUCGGAGUCGACUACAUCGAACUCACAUCCCCAGCUGCUUCUGAGCAAUCGCGCUUGGACUGCAUUGAGAUUUGCAAGCUCGGACUCAAGGCCAAAAUCCUGACUCACGUUCGUUGCGAUAUGCGAGAUGUGCAAAUGGCUAUCGACACUGGUGUAGAUGGCCUGGAUAUCGUCAUUGGUACAUCGCAUUUCCUCCGGGAACAUAGCCAUGGCAAGGACAUGGCCUUCAUCACCAAGGCUGCUUUGGAGGUCGUGCAAUACGUCAAGGACAAGGGUAUCGAGGUUCGAUUUUCGAGCGAGGACUCUUUCCGAUCCGAUCUAGUAGAUCUGCUAUCCCUCUACAACGCCGUGGACAAGAUUGGUGUUAACCGUGUCGGUAUCGCUGAUACCGUUGGCUGCGCCAGUCCACGACAGGUCUACGAACUCGUCCGAACAUUAAGAGGUGUAGUUUCUUGCGAUAUUGAAACUCAUUUCCAUAAUGACACAGGCUGUGCUAUUGCCAACGCUUUCUGUGCUCUUGAGGCCGGUGCCACACACGUUGAUACCAGUGUGCUCGGAAUUGGCGAGCGUAAUGGUAUCACCCCUCUUGGUGGCUUCUUAGCACGCAUGGUGGUCACUAGCCCCGACUACGUCAAGAGCAAGUACAAGCUCAACAUGAUCAAGGAGAUUGAGGAUAUGGUUGCUGAGGCAGUAGAGAUCAACACCCCUUUCAACAACCCUAUCACUGGUUUCUGUGCCUUUACCCACAAGGCCGGUAUCCAUGCCAAAGCUAUCCUCAACAACCCCUCCACAUACGAGAUUUUAAAUCCUGAAGAUUUCGGCUUGACGCGCUACGUGCACUUCGCCUCCCGGUUAACGGGAUGGAAUGCCGUCAAGACCCGAGUAACACAACUCGGCCUAACUAUGACGGACGACCAGGUCAAGGAAUGUACUGCCAAGAUCAAGGCAUUGGCUGAUGUGCGACCGAUAGCCAUCGAUGAUGCAGACUCAAUUAUUCGUAGCUUCCAUCUAAAUCUACAAACCACGGCGAAUGCCAGCUGAACAGUACCGGCAGAGGAGACGGGGUAGAGAAGAGCGACUUCUAUCAUGGAGCGUAUCCAAAAAGCGGCAGCAUCAACAAAAAAGGACAUGGCCAAAAGUCUGGGGUGCAUUGCUUCGGUUUGGGGGUAAAAAGUCAAUAUUUGAGAUAAGGCUAUAAAUAACAUAGCCUGUGUUGUAUACAACAGGAACAAGUACCAAAAUUUGCAUGAUAUUUCUGAGAUACUCUUCGGUAAUUUGUUUUGUUGACAGCUUUAUGAAUUGUUAUUUUUGUGAUCUGGGUAUUGAAACUGCAAUCUGUUGAAAUUAAACCUGGUUCAUAACUUA